UAUAUUCAUUUGAUCAAAUUCACACGGGAGUGAGUGCAACACACGACUCGACAACCGUGGGUAAAAUAUCAGCUAAACGUUCACUUCUGCUUUCCCACGGUCACGCGCGAAUCGCACGUGCCAUGCAGUGGAUUGUCGUCUGAUAGUGGUUUUUUACUACAAAAUGUGUAAAUCUAUAUUUCGGUUUACGUCGAAUAUACGCAAACAUUGUUUAUGUAUUUCUGUGAACGAACGAUAAACGAUAACGCAAUAUUACCGAUACACGUAGGAUUUAAUAACCUGACUCCAAGUGUCAAAACUAAACUUAAAAGGCGUGCAUCACUAUAAUUGAUUUUGGGGAAAUGUCAAACGAAAGAUUUCCAUAUCGAUUAGUUGCCAUAACAGCGUCUACCGAUGGCUGCGGGAUCAAUGGACGAAGAUCGGGAACCAAUGAGCGCGCGCGGGAGAACGCGCCAGCAGCCAAUUAAAGAAUAGCAAGCGUGUUGUCGUCUGCAGUUAAUACGGAACUAACAAUAGAAGGGCGGUGCGUGAUUCGCUGAACGAGGGUCUUUAAUUUUCAGCAUCGCUACGACACAAGUCAUACAUACUUGGAACCGUCGUUCGUAUAAGUCGGACAUCCGGACUUCUUGUGCGAUAUAGAUUAAAUAAUUGUUUUGUUUCUGUGCAUCGGUAUAAAUUCGUACGGUCAUUAUGAAGCGGAGUAUAAGUCAUUCGGACGAUGAUGAGGACGAUGUGUUCGACGAGAGGAUUAAAUCAGGGUCGCCGUCCCAAAGCUGUCAGAUCACGGACAGAAAAAAGCGGCGCGGGGUAAGAUCCGUCAUUGAGAAACGUCGUCGGGACCGAAUAAACAACAGUCUUUCCGAACUUCGUCGGCUCGUUCCGUCUGCAUUCGAAAAGCAGGGCUCGGCUAAACUCGAGAAGGCCGAGAUCCUACAGAUGACGGUGGACCAUCUGAAAAUGCUGCACUCCAAAGGCGUCAACGGCUACAACUUCCCGGAUCCGCACAGUCUCGCUCUGGACUACCGCAGUAUCGGCUUCCGGGAAUGCCUGGCGGAAGUGGCGCGCUAUCUGAUGACGGUGGAGGGGAUGGACUUGCAGGACCCGCUGCGGCUGCGCCUGCUCAGUCACCUGCAGUGUUUCGCCACGCAGCGGAUGUCGUCUGUGAAGUCAACUUUCCAAAACUCAACGUGGAACUCGCUAAAUUCUAUGACGUCACACACGACCAUGAACACACUCAACGCGGCGAAUCAGUACGCCGGAAACGGAAUGUCGACCAUGACGUCAAUGCUCCAACAUUCCAACCCUGCGGAUCAGAUCGCCAUGUCGACGCACGACUCUAUUCCCGGUGUGUCCUCGGUUUCAUUCAGUGACUCUCGUAUCAGCCAAUCAGACAGUUCGUUACAUAACUCAAUGCGGCUGCCGCUGCAGUCGACAAUGGGGUCUCACGCGCACAUGACCUCGAAUUCCGGACAGUUGCUCAAUCAGCAGUUUCACUCGGGGUUCCCGAUGUUGAACAUGAACUCUAUGAUGUCUCCAAACAGCGCGCAGUCGUACAAUGCGGCAGCGGGAAACCUCAACCAACUGGGAUCAGUAAAGCCAUAUCGACCGUGGGGCUCCGAAAUAGCGUACUAGUGACAUUCGGAGAAUGCGUUCUUGUGACGCCGAGCCCAAAUAUCGAAUACCAGCGAUACUGGGACCGGAGAUUCCCUAUUUAAGCGACCUUGGCUUAAGGAUCCAAUGCAGGUUAUACUUGUUCGGCGAUUGCGUUCGAAUGAAACUCGUACCUACGAAUAGUGAUAUUUUGCUGUCUUUGGAUCGCGGAAUUGUCACUUUGGGACAUGCGAUCCCGUAUAAGUCUGCGAAAUCAUAUAUAACAUGUAAUAGUGUGUGUUUGCUAUAUGCACGUAUAUCAACACAGGAGCUAUUUGAAACUUGCGGUCAAGUGUUCACAAUGAACGCUUUAACGAUGCGCUGUGAACGCAUGAACAAAUGUGUAAAUUGUAUAGUGACUCUAUACAUGACUCAUUUUUAAAGCAAGACUUUGCUCACCUCGACCAAAUGACAUUCAACAGAGCGGAUCAGUUCGUCACGUAGAUUCGUUAUUGUUAAUCAUUCUAUGGAUUGCACAACAACCAGAAGUAAAGUUUUCAUGAUCGGAAUCAUUUUACCCACUUUCUGGGAAAACCGGGCUUAAAACAUUAUUUAAUGUAUCGUCGCAUAUAAGCUUGUGCCAACUGCUCAGCUUAUCUGAGGCGACACUUCACGCACAUGCAUUAAGCCCAGUUGUCCCAGAACGUGGCUCGUUUUUUACUCCUACGUCAUGUUUUUCGAGUAUAUAUACUAAGUGACGCCGGAACCGUUUUUCAGAAAAAGGAAUGUAUGCAAAUUGAGGACACAUCGAAUUGUUUUAUCUCGAAGAAAUAACAAUCGGCUUUUCGAAUUCCGCUGUUUGCAUAUUUGUGUAGAACACUAUCUUAUUACAGUGAAUUGUGUUACAAAGAAUAACUAUGCAAUUUUGUAUUUCAUUCAAUAUCAAUCUUUUUUCCACUUUAUAUGUUUUAUGCAGAACUCACUGAUAAUUAUACUUGUCAACUCCAACGGGCUUUAAAGUGCAAUAUUUGUCAUCAUGCUUUGUUGUUUAUAUAUGAAUUCGAAACUACUGAAUGAAACAACAUUGUUGACAAUUCUUUGUAUACAGUUAUAUGUUAAUUAACGGGAUAUGCUUACUGGUAAUUUCCCGCGUUUUGAAAGUGCUUUUUCCGAAUUUGUAUGUGCUUAUUUUCAUUAUUUAUUUUCUAUUUUGUUCGUUUAUUUUAUUAUUUUUGUUUUGUUACUUUUUACACAACUGUACAUGAUUGUAAUCAAAUAUUUGACAGAAGUGCUUUUUAAAUACAUGUGAUAGAAAUAAAAUGUGCGUUUUUC